GACCUUGGCUUUGAGCUUUAUCUAAGCCGAAAGAAAAGGUCCAAAACAACUUCACUGUGCUCUGAUUUGGACGAUUAUCUAAGUGAGGGUGUCAGUCCUCGAGCUCCUAAUGUUGGUGUUUUGGAUUGGUGGAGGGUGAAUGCUGGAAAAUACCCUCUGUUGAAAGAGGUAGCAAGAGAUUUGCUUGUUAUACCAGUGACUUCUGUGGCCUCAGAGUCAGCCUUCAGCUCUAGUAGUAGGCUGCUAGAUCCUCACCGGAGUAGGCUGCACUUUGAAACUGUUGAGGCAAUCAUGUGCACCCGUACCUGGAUUAAGGAUGGUAUUAGUAAAGAUGCUGGAAUGGAUGGG